AUGGCUCUUCAAGAGAACUACACGCAAACUGACAAAUCUAUCAUUCAAACUCGUCGAUUCUAUGAUGUGACACUCAAACACGCUCUUCAGUUUAUUGCCCAUUUACUAUUACCGCUGAUGUUAGGCAUAUUCACUGUUGCCAUGACUAUUAAUCAACAGAAUAUGGCCAGAGAGCAACGUGCUGAAGACCAGAAAAUAGCCGAACUGCAGCGUGAUCUAGAGAGAAAGUUGAAUGAUGAACGCUAUCAAAAUGACAUUCGUGAUGCAUAUAUUAAGGAGAUGGGUGAAUUGUUAAAAGAAAACAAUGGUUCACUCAUGUCUAAUCCAGUCACAGCUGCUAUUGCUCGAGGCAAAACUCUUAAUAUCUUUCGAGAACUAGAUUCACAACGCAAGGCUCGUAUCAUUCAGUUUCUCGUUGAAACUAAGCAACUGAGCGAAGCUCAGAAACAACGUCCUUUGGAUCUGUCAACAGCAGAGCUUCAUAAUAUCGACUUUCGCCAUUCAGCAGUUAAUAAAAAAGUACUGAGCAAUAUAGCAUUGAGUGGUGUCUUUCUACGUAAUGCUACUUUCAUGCGUAUGGAGUUGGGACAUGCUACAUUUUCCGAAAGUCAACUAGAUGAUGUCAACUUUUCGUUGGCUCGCCUCACCAGUGUCAAAUUUUCGUCCGCUCAACUUCGCCAGGUUGAUUUCUCAUUUGCUCGGCUUAACUAUGCCAACUUUUUAUCCGCUCAACUCGACAGUGUCAAUUUUACGUCUGCUGUACUAACUUCAACUGAUUUUCGCUAUGCACAACUAUCCCGUACGUCGUUUGAACAAACGAGUUGCACAGCAGCCCGUUUUGAUCAUGCUAAUUUGUCAAAUGCCACAUUUCGGUAUGCUGAUGCUAAGGGUGCUUCUUUUAUUAGGAUUGACUUGAUCAACGUUGAUUUUUCUCAUGCCAACUUAUACAAGGCUGAUUUUACUGGCAGUAAUAUAACAGAUUCUCAGUUGCGACGUGCACUUUCGGUUCAAGACGCUAAAUUACCUAAUGGAACACUUGCUCGUGAUUCGAAUUUAAUCAACAACGGCCAAGCUAACUGUAAUGUUUCUGUUGUCGGUAGUUGGAAAGUGGAAAUUGGUAAUGUCACUGCAGUGAUGGUUGACGAGAACACUACUAACUGAACAAAAGAUCCUGCUUCUGCACCACAUCGUCAUACUGCUGUACAUUUAUUUGAAUGGAAAUGGAAAGAUAUUGCUGAUGAAUGCAUCAGAUUUCUUGGACCCUAUGGUUACGCAGCUAUUCAGGUUUCACCGGCUAGUGAACAUGCCGUUUUCAGUAAUCACCCAUGGUGGCAACGUUAUCAACCUGUAAGCUACAAGCUCGAGUCACGCAGUGGUAAUGAAACCGAAUUUAAAGAUAUGGUCACAAUAUGUAAUAGUGCUAGUGUCCGGUAA